CGUUUCACAAAUCUUCACGGGCUCCCUCUCUCUCUGACUCUCUCCCACAUAAUCUUCUGACAAACACCAGUCACUGCUCAUCGCGAAGUAAUUUUAGUUUCUGGUGCUGGAUCCAAUUCUCUCUUCACCAAAUUUGAUCGGACUGAGAGCCACCACAGUCGAACGAGUCUCCGAAUCGCAGCAUUGAGGUACGUUGAUCCUCCAUCCUCAAAAUGGCUAAUAAAGCUCCAAUCCGCACCAACGACUCCGCCCUCAUUGCAAUGAUAGCAGAUGAGGAUACGGUUGUUGGACUUCUGCUUGCUGGAGUAGGUAAUGUGGAUUUGCGGAGAAAGACCAAUUAUCUUAUUGUGGACUCAAAAACCACUGUUAAGCAAGUGGAAGACACAUUUAAGGAGUUCACAACAAGGGAGGACAUUGCAAUUGUGUUGAUAAGUCAAUAUGUGGCAAAUAUGAUAAGGUUCUUGGUCGACAGCUAUAACAAUCCAAUUCCAGCAAUUUUGGAGAUUCCUUCCAAGGAUCAUCCUUAUGAUCCUUCACAGGAUUCGGUUCUGUCACGAGUGAAAUACCUCUUCUCAGCUGAAUCAGUGGCCUCUGAUAGGCGCUGAGCAAAUGCAAAGACUUGGAUGGGAUUGGAUGAUGCUCUUCCGAUGAUUGCUUUCUUUUUUCUUGCACCAGUUUCUCUCGAUUGUACGUCUGUGGAUUGAUUAUGCAGAGCCCUACGGUUUUAAGUUGCUAGCUAUACCCUCUAUAUUCAUUAUUAUACGAAGUACUAUCGAAUCUAGGGGUUAUGUUCAUGUUGAUUUGUAAUGGAAUAACGCGGUACAACUGAGAUUGUUAGUGGGAUGUUUUGGAUAUUGCACCAAGAAUGAAGCAUACUUCCAUCUAUUGUUAUCCAACCGACUUCAAUUGCCUUUUUUAA